GAGAAAAGAGAAAGAGACAGGUAGUGUAUGUUGUGGUGUGUCUGUCGAAUAAUCAAACAAAGCAGUUCAGUUAUUCCCUGAACGCGUCGUAACAAGAACAUCAACGAAGAUCAUCGGAAGUUUGCUUAAUUUUUGGCGAAAUUAAAGUUUAAUGAACGAUCCCAGUGUAAAGCCGAAGCAACGUUUGAAGUGAUUUGUGUUGAUGCGUGUUGCCACCGAACAAUCGAUCAAAAUUAAGCACCAUUACUACUAUCUCCUCGAGCACGUCUCGCACGUUGUGUUGUGUGUUUAUUAUUUUUUGCUUUCAUCUUUGCGUAUGCCAUACCGUGUGUGCUAUAAAAAACACACUCAUACAUUUUAUCAAUAAAAACGCGAUAGUGAAAGAAAAUAGACCGGUGGUGGUUGAAUUUGUCACCCACCGAUAUCUAGUCGGCGCUGCUGCGUACCGCUGAAGCUGAUCUAUGACACGCGUGGUUGUAUUUAUUGCGCUUUGAAACGAAAUUCUCCGAACGCCGCAGCCGUUGCUGUUGGAACUUGGUUGUAAAUGUAAAACCACACAGCUACACCGAACUGAAAUUCCUGCAAAAAACAAAAACAAAAAUCCAACAAAACAAAGGCUAAACAAUACUGGUCUGCUGUUGGCUUUUCUAGUAAAUCCAAAACCAUUCCUUUUCGCCCCGUACACGCGGUCCGCCGCGAUCUGUGGCAAUCGAGUCGUCCUGCUUGCGAUUGGCGGAGCGAGCGGCGCACGACGAGCUCACCAACACACUCGCACCCGAAACGUCAAAUCGUUUCGCUUGAAACGCCAAAAAUCGCGCGUAAAGAGAGUGUGUGCGUGCUUGUAAAGGGUAGGAGAUAGAGCGAGAGAGAGCCAGCGAGCGAGCAAGCGAGCGAGCCGGAGAGCGUGUUUGCGAACGUACACUCAGCUGAGCAUCGGAGUGUGCACCGAACCGAAAGUGGUGACCGUGUGACGACGUUUCGGAGAAGCUGCCUGUGCGUGUUUGAUCAAGACAGAAAACGCGCCGCUCAACCAUGGAGCGACCGAAUCCGGCCAAUGGUUCACUGUCGGCCCCGUCCAUCCCGUUGCUAACGCCAGCCACCACACGUAGUAUGAGCGGCGGCCAGAUGAUCAUCCUAGACUCGCCGCCCCGCAACUACCCGUCCGCAUCGUCGCUGCAGCUAACGGCAAGGGCUCCGAUGGUAGCGCCACCCCGCCCGGACACGUCCCUCGGCAGCAAGCUCACGGUCGUCCCGUGCGGUGGUGCCCCAGCCCGGGCCGGAACCGUUGCCCUGCCGCACCGCACGCGCCACAUGUCGAUCGACACGCGCGACAGAAGGUUCCUGCUGGAUGCUGGCAGUAACAAUGCACCCUACGCCCUUGGCCCCGGGGCCAACUUCCCGGGCCACGGCAACGUGGUAACGGUAACGUCGGAUGCGAACGGCCGUAAUGUGGUGCAGUUCGGCUCGUCGCAGCAACUUCAUCAAACGCAGCAGCCUUCGCCGCCGCCGCUGCCGCCGCCGGCACGCGAGAUCAUCGUGGGACGGAAGGAGUCGACAUUUGCGCCCCCGCCGCCGCCGCCAACCCCAACAACAUCAUCAUCAUCAGCGGGCCGAACCGGUCCAAAUCCAAACGCUGACGUCUACCACCACCACCAGCAGCCCAAUCUACCAAUGCAAUACGGUACCGUGACUGUGCAGGUUGGCAACGCGAACAGAAUGUCCUACCAGCAGGCAAAAAUUGGUCAAUCGACAAUCGUGAAUCAAACCGCCGUGCCGGUGCUGCCCAUCCCCAGCGCAACCGUCGUACUGCCGGCGACGGUGUCCGGGACGAUCGGCGAUCUGAGACUAAGCAGCAGCAGCUCGGCACCGUCCGGCAUGAGGAUGUAUCGCCAGAUUGCACCGAAACCUGCCCUCACCAGCACCACCAACACCACCAUACACAGCUUGAUGGCCACCAGCUCGUUAAUAACGUCCGUGCCGACGAUGGUAACGCCCUCGGUUUCCAUCAGCCCGACCGUGCAGCUGCCGACCGCCGAUCGAUCGCUCAGUUCGGGCAGCGUUCCGAUCGCCGGAUCGUUGGUCGUGCAGCCCGUAGUGUCAUCGCACCUGCAGCUAAACCCGCAGCCGCUGCUGCACACCCAGCAAUCUACACUGUACGCUGGUGGAUCGAAGCUAGUGCUACCCCUUGGCACCACGAUUAAGGUGACGCAGGGUGCGAUCGAUCAGCAGUUGCAGCAGCAACAACAGCCGCAAAACCAGCAGCAGCAUCAAGCGACCAUACAGUCCAUUCCGGUAGCAAUUGCCAAUACGUCGCUUCAUGCCGUGGUCCAUGCCGCUGUCACACCGAUGCAGCCACCGGUCAGCUCCAUCUCGAUCACGCCGCAGCUGCCAGCCCAGCAGCAGCAGCAGCAGCAGCAAACAAAAUUGCUGCUGAACACCGGAAGAAGCGCUGCACCACCUACUGCCGCUGCUGUCCGUGCCGUUGUCAGUGGAAAUGUUCCGCCCCUGUACGUGCCGCCCAACAAAGGGACGAUCGCUGCCGGUGGAACUGUGAUCAAGCCCACCGUCACAUCCGUAACCGCUGCCGUCCACAGCAAGGCCGAGCUAGAUGCUAGUCGGAUGAGGCUCGUUGCGGCAGGAGGCGCAGCUCCCGACAGUAGCGUUGCUGCGCACCGACAGCUGCCUGUCGACACCCUCAAAACCCAAGCCGGUGGCAAUGCGGUAGAGCAGCAGGAGCUGAGGAAACCGAUCAAAGCAUUCCCCAUCCCCGUGCUGAGUCCGUUCACCGUGCCCAAGAUGGUGCAGCACCAGGAGCAACUGCUGCCGGAACAAACGGUCGCGCCGGCGGAAGUGUACGCAGCCGGUCGGCUGGUGAUGAUGCCCAACAGCGCACCGAUCGUGGUCGCCCAGCCCAGCAACUUCCACGGGAGUUUGUCGCUUCAGCUGGAAAACCAGUCGGCCGAUGCGAUGGUGCUGGAGGACGAACUAUCGAACGACGAGGGCGACCAGCUGGUAAUGGAUCUGGGUGAAAGCAAUACGCACGAGCUAGAAGACCAUGACAAGGACACCUCAGUAAGCUACGAAAGUGCGGACGGGCUGACGAACGAUACUGCCAUACUGCGGGACGCGCAGCAACAGGACGGGCAGGUAGCUCAAGAGAUCGUAUACUUUGACGAGUCGAAUCCGGACGAUGGGUCCAACGCGGCGACGAUCGAAAUACCGGAAACGGCACCGUCCAGCCAGCUGGAAGUGCCCCGUACGCCGGAAAAGAGCUCUCCGGACCUGGCAGCCACCACCACCAACAUCAGCCCGCGCUUACAGAAGCGCUCGUCGUCCGAACAUCAGCGGGCGGCCGAAGUCGUCCACCCCUGCCAAUCGCACCCCACCACUUCCGGCGGGACAAUUGGACGCCGUCGGUAUUCGGAAUUCGCUACGGCUCGACAGCCGCCCGCGGUUGUUAGAAUACAGUUCACCCGCGAACACUACAACAUUCCGCUGCGGCCGCACGGAAAUUCGCUUGAAUCGAACAAACUGUCGCUAACGCCGAUCGAUGCGCCCGUUAACGCACCGCCUGCCACGACCCCAAUGCAGCCCGAUGCAGCACUGCUACCGCCGGUGCCACUGCACGAUGUGAUGCUGCUGUGCAACGAAAAGCUGGAGCUUCCGAAGCGUCUGGAUGAGGUGCGAAAGAGCCGGCCCUCGGCCGCUGGCCAGAAGAAGCACGCCAAACAGCAGCAGCAACCCCCCGUUCCCGUACACGGCGAGCUCGAGGCGCAUGGCAGCGAGAUGAUCGAGCCGGAGCUGAUCGCGCUGGACGAGGUGGUGCACAAACGGCAACGGCUGGGAGAGGAGCAUACGGCAGAGCGCAGCUCCAACUUCAUCAACAGCCGCUCCACCUCGACGUCCUCCGACAGCAAUAUGGCGGUGGGUAAGGCAGGCCGCAGCAAUCCGCCGACGGCGGAACCGCUACCGUCCAGGAAGGGCGGCUCGAAAUCGCGCGCCACCGGCGGCAAAUUACCCAGGUCCCAGGGCGCGCAGGCUAUUACACCGUCCGAAUCGUCCCUCAGCCUGCAGGAUGAGGGCGGCGCCAUGCACGAUACGUCGACGGUGGCGGACCAUCUGCGCUGGUGGGACGGUGUCGGGUACAUGAACGAGAGCACGCUGCGGUUUGAGUUCAACAAGUUCGGCAUGGUGCAACCGCUGUCCGCCGCGGAGUACGAGAGGCACUGUGCCACGGAUGUGUACAAGGAUCUGCAGCAACCGAUAGAGCUGCGACAGUCGCAGCAGCAGCAGCAGCAACACGCACAAACUGCUGUCAAUCGAGCCCGCACGACGACGCUGAAGGAUGCGGGCGAUUCGUACAAGUGCGAGGUGUGCCACAAGCAGGGUCGGGCGGCCGAUUUCGUUACGCCCGAGCUUUGCAGCAUCAAGUGCCUCGGCAGCAACAACAACACGGCUCUGCGCAAGUACAUCCUGCACUCGACGCACGCGCUACAGCAAGCCGCUGGGUCGUGGGAGGGAAAUGUAAAGCCGGCGGCAAACCGGCCGUCCCCAAGCAGCCUGGACGGCGCCAAACACUCCAAGGAAGACGGCAAAGCAACGGCGGGCAAGAAGAAGCAGCCGGCGAAGAAGCCCGCCACCAAGAAGGCGACACCACCGUCCUCCGUGCCCACCAGUCCUUCGUCCGCCAGUGACGACGACUCGAUGAGCUCGCUGAGCCUCAAUUCGAGCACCUUCCUGAAGCGGCAAACGCUGCGCGACUUCCUGCCCAACUCGCUGGACGAGGAGAACAACAAUCCGGAGCCGGCUGCUGCUGCUGCUCCACCGGCAGCUGCCACCACUCCCACGAUCGAUGAAAGCGAAGAGACGGAGUUCCAGUGGCAGCAGUACCUGAAGCAGGUGGUGGCCGACCCGGCCCCGGUGCAUCUGUUCGGGCCGAAGGCAUUCCCGCCCUCCGAGAAUCGUUUCCGCGUUGGCAUGAAGCUGGAAGCGAUCGAUCCGGAGAACUGCUCGCUGUUCUGCGUCUGCACCGUGGUCGAGGUGCGCGGCUAUCGGAUCAAGCUGCACUUUGACGGGUACGCGGCCGAGUACGACUUCUGGGUGAAUGCCAGCUCGAUCGACAUCUUUCCGCCCGGCUGGUGCCAGCAGACGAACAGGGCGCUCCAGCCGCCCGCCUCGUACGUCGGUGGCAAACCGUUCCACUGGAAGCAGUACCUGCAGGAAACGAACGCGCCCGUACCGGAGCAGGAGUGGUUUGCGCAUCUGAAUCAGCUACAAAGCGACAGGAACAAGUUCGAGAUCGGCAUGGCGCUCGAAGCGGACGAUCUGAAAAAGUCGGGCAAGGUGUGCGUGGCGACGGUCGCGGACAAGAUGGGCGACCGUAUACUGGUACACUUUGACGGGUGGGAUGACCGGUACGACUACUGGGUGAGCAUUUUCUCCAACUACAUCCAUCCGGUGAACUGGCACAAGGAGAACAACGAUACAAUCACUGCCCCGCCAGACUGGAACAAACCCUUCGAUUGGACGCGCUACAUCCGCUUCAAGUCGCGCGCCGGUUCGGGCUCGUCGACUGUGCCGGCAGAGAAGGCUCUGUUCAAAACGCGUCCACCCGUCGCGUUCAAGCUGGGCCACCGGCUGGAGGUGGUCGACCGCAAGCAGAAGAAACUGAUACGUCCCGCCACGGUGGUCGCAAUUGACGGGUACGAGCUGAAGCUGUGCUUUGACGGGUGGCCCCGCAGCUACUCCUUCUGGAUCGAGGACGACAGCCCGGAUCUGCAUCCGAUCAACUGGUGUGCCCGGACGAAGCACCCGUUGGAGCCGCCGCCAGGUUAUUUGUUUAAGACGGGCUCGUUUGAGGGUACCUGUGAGUUCAAGUACUGUUUCGGGCGCGGCAAUGCCAAGGUUGCGAACAAAAAGUUCCACGACCGGUUAGUGGAAUGUCCGUACAAGCCGAAAACCUGGAUGAGCGAGGAUCGCAAACCGCUCCGACUGAGCCAUGACCAAGUGCAGAGCUUCGUGAAGAUGGAGCAUGCCGUCGAAGUGAAGCUGUCGGAAUUGAAGAAAGCCACUUCCAACAGCAGCAGCAGCAGCAACAAGCUCGACGUCAAAGCUGUAGGAGGAGGUCUUGCCAGCUUGAGAAAAUCCAUUUCUUCCGUUUCGGGUGCGCCCAAGGUCCAGCCGAAACAAUCGGCCACGCAAAGACGCGCGAGCGUUUCCAACACGAUGGCGUCGGUGCCAGCAAAGCGCAUUAAGCGCGAAACAGCCGACCAACCGCCAAGUACUGCUACCUCGACCGCAACACCAACUCCUCCGCCAUCGCGCGAUCCCUCCAAGGAGCGCAUCGUGCGGUUGCGAGAGCACGAAGAGCUCCCCGCAAGCGAGCCAGCCAACACGGCCACCACCACCACCACCACAAACCCAGCCGUCACCGCCAACAGCAACAACGCUGCCGCGGCCGUUAGUGCCUCGAUCCGGCUGGCCCUGCCCGUGAUUGACGAGUACGGGCCGCAGCUGCUGCAUGCGUUCGACAAGUGGCGGGAGCAUUCGCGCUACCUCGACGAGUGCACCGAGCAGACCGGCGUGCUGCGCAAAAACCCGCUGCACUGGACUACGGACGAGAUUUCGUGCUACGUCGAGCGGCUGCCCGGCUGCGAGCAGUACGCGAAGAAGAUCCGGCAGGAGGAACUUACUGGCCGCUCGUUUCUGAGCCUCUCGCAGUCGGACCUGAUCGACUAUCUCGGCGUGAAGAUCGGGCCGGCCAUCAAGAUGUACAAUCGGAUCAUUCGGCUGCGCCAGCUCGUGACGACCAAGUUCUUGCAGUUGUAGAAGAUGCCGCACGACGCCCUGUUUGGUGUUGUGGUGGUGGCCUGCAAGUGAGUUUGAUGUGUGAUACCGUUGUUGCUGCUUCUUCCUUUUUUCGUUUCUGUUUCUCAUCGCUUAUUUAGUCUCAGCUGUUAUUACACUGUUUUUUUCUUCGUACGCGACGCGCGCGCCAAGUACGAUUCGCACAAGCUUCAAGUUAAAGUGCAUUUUGCAAUAACGCUGCUUGUUUCUUUAACAAAAAAAAACCCUUCAUUCGUAAUCGAUGUGUAUCGAAUUAUUACGUACAAUUUAUCCCAAAAACAUUAGCAAGGAAAAUGUGCUUUCCAAUGUAUUUUUGUUUUUUUUUCGAUUAAGAAUUACACUAUUUAUAUUAGCAAUGAAGAAUUAGUUAUGUGGAAAACAAAAUAGCAAGUACAUAGUUAGCUUUGUUUAAGAAGAUCGUGAAGUGUUAGAUUGUGUUAAACGAAGACGAAAAUAUUUACCACCCUACAAAUAAUUUCGUGUUUAGCAAACAUUCGCUUGGUGGAGAGAGAGAUACAGAGUAGUUGAACUUCCUGUACAUAUCGUGAACUCAGAUAACGUAAUUUCAAACCCUUCCCUCCCCCCCGAUCAAUCGCUUAUCAUGUAUUGCUAGUGUGUAAAGAACAGAAACAGUCCGGUCCCGGUUUUGAGAGUUAUCUUGCGUAGGUGUUAGGUUCAGCUUUAGCGUGUGGAAUCGAUUAUUAUGAAAUGCUCCGUUCUUCGUUUGGGACCUGCAAUAGAGAAUUACCGCACACAGCGCGGAUUUAGGAUAGAAUACAUACAUAUAUAUAUUUUUAAGGUACAAUGUGUUAAUCAAAACUAGAAUUCCGUGCCUGAGGGUGUUGUACAUAUGAUGAAGGAAUAAACAUUACAGCUUACCAUUAAA